UGUCACUGUCCCCAGCCCGGGGUUCCCCCCGGUGUGUCGCUGUCCCCCCCCGGUGUGUCGCUGUCCCCCCCGGUGUCGCGGUCCCCCCGGGGGGGCGGAGCGGCUCCGCAGCCGCUCGGGGCCCGCCCGGUGCCGGUGUCCGGUGUCCGGUUACCGGCUGCCGCAGGAGCCGCCGUCCCCCGGAGCCGCCGCCCCCGCAGGUGCCACCAGCGUGUCCCCAGCAUGGCGGAGGCUCACCAGGCCGUGGCUUUCCAGUUCACCGUCACCCCCGAGGGCUUGGACUUCCAGCUGAGCCGCGAGGCCGUGCGCCAGCUCUACCUGGCCGCCGUCCACUCGUGGAAAAAACGCUUGGUCCGCGCCAAGAACAGCUUCCUGAGCGGGGUGUACCCCGCGUCACCCUCCAGCUGGAUGGUGGUGGUGGUGGCCACCGCCGGCUCCUGCUAUUGCCACGUGGAUCCGUCCCUGGGGCUGAUCGGGCGCAUCCAGAGCUGGCUGCCCCACGGGGAGUCUCUGAGUCCCGAGGCUCGCACCGCGGUCAGCACCGUGCUCUUCUCCACCGGGGCCUGGCUCGGGGCCGUGCUGCUGUUCCGGAGCCUCCUCCGCCUGCUGCUCUCGUACCACGGCUGGAUGUUCGAGCCGCACGGCCGCAUGAGCCGCCGCACCCGCCUCUGGAUCGUGAGCGGCACCCGCGGGGGGCCGGGGGGAGAUGGGGGAGAUCGGGGGUCUGGGGGAGAUGGGGGAGAUGGGGAGAUGGGGGAUCGGGGGGAGAUGGGGGUUCUCGGGGAGCUGUGGGAGAUGUGA